AUGAGAUUAUUCCGUAGCGCACCCACGAGGCAGGUUGGCGUCGCCGGGACACUGCUGCUAUUGCUGACAUCCGUCUGUACCGUGGUAGUGUCCCUUCGAACCGACCAAGAUGCCACCGUUCGGCCUUUGGCGGGAGCUGCUCCUCUCACGGUCUUACCCGUCGCGUCGCCCAACAAUCGCAAACUCAAGGAAAGCGGUAAUUUAUUAAAUUUGAUGGAUCGAGUAUGGUUUGAAACCGGAACAAAGGCUCUUCAUUCGUCUGUCUCUGCCGCCAAAUGUAAAAAGCCCAAGAGUAGCAAGGGUAGCGACAAGGGCAGCAGUUCGACGCCGACUACUGCUUCUCCAUCCGUUUCCAAAACGGCGGCACCGGCUCCGAUCGCUACCAUCUCUAAGUCUUCCAAGUCGGGAAACGAUUCCAUCGAUUUGCCCCUGUGUGCGGAUGCCGAGACCUACGAGCCAUCCGCAAGUCCGGUGGGAACCGGAGUAGAUGCCACCACCAAUCCGACUCAAAAUGGCGGAGGCACCAAUUCCACUGAGAAUCCCGAACAACCCAGCGUGAGUCCGAGUACUGUGCAACCUGGAGGGGAGUCUGGUCUCGAACAACCCAGCGCGAGUCCCAGUGUUGCUCAAUCCGGAGGUGAAUCUGGUCUCGGACAACCCAGCGUGAGUCCCAGUAUUGCUCAAUCUGAAGGUGAUUCCGGUCUCGGACAACCCAGCGCGAGUCCCAGCGAACAAGGCAGCGCGCUUCCGAGUGAGCAACCCAGUGCAAAUGAAAGCGCGGAACCCUCGGUGGGGGGUUCCACCGAAGAUAACACUCCCGAGGAUGGCCUUGUCGAGGGAGAAUUUGAUUGUGCGGCGGUAGCCGACGGAACCGCCAGUACCGACGGCAACACUCAAAGCUACACUGUAAACUUUAUCUUGGUGGUGGAUGGGUCGGUUCCUUCCCAGGAUGUUGUGACUGCCGUGGCAGAGAAACUUCAACAAGUAGUUGCACCAGCUCUACUAGGUUGCACACGCAGACGACGCUUCUUACAGACUAGUUCGCUCACUAACUUUGUUUUUGGCAAGCCCGAGACGCAAGCGCAAGAACCUGUCCGAUUCGAGCCUCGGUUGGAAAGCGCUAUUGAAGCAGCGUUUGAUAAUGGGGCGUUCGACGAUAUCGCUGGUCUGACUGGUUCACAAUUUACCGUGCCAUCACCAGAGGGUGAAUUAGGAACCGCAAUCGAUCCACCCACGUCAGCACCAUUCGCCGACGAAGUGCCGACAAUUUUCAUCGGCACGCAACCGGAACUCAAAAGUGCCAAUGACGGACUAAGAGCUCCCGCUGUUGUUGGAGCUUCCGUGGCCGGCCUGCUACUCCUCCUGGGAGCAAUCUUUUAUGAAAGUCGCCGUCGCGGCAAAGCGAAGGACGACAGGUAUCACCACAAACCUGUACCAGCGGUCGUCUCAGUCCAUCAUCGCCAAUACAAUGACGACGACGAUGACAUGGAACAAAGCUCCUGUCCACAGAAUGAGAAAAGGAAGUCGAGACAAGUACGCGCUGUCGGACAAGGCAAUUCAGUAGUGACAUCCCGGACCGGUGAUACAAUUCUGGAAGAACAGGAGAUUUUCCUUUGUCCAAAUGGAGAGGACACCGACUUUCUGUUUGAAGAGACUAACCAUUCAUGCAGUUCACCUCACUGUUUGACGUGCGAGCUCAAACGUCGUCAAGGUAUCAUGUUUGUCAAGGCGACCCUACCCGAAGGUGGCAGCCUUCCCCCCAGAAGUGCCCGAGGAUAUGCGGAAGACGACACUGUUGACUUGUAAUGUUAUAAAUCAUAUCUAGAUUUUUCAUACUUUGUGU